AUGUCGACAACAUCAACAGCAAUCAACACGGCAUCUUCGUUUGAUGGUUCUACAAGUAAGAUACCGGCAAUGUCAACAGAAAGCAAUAGCGUAUUUUCAUUUGAUGAUUCUACAGACAAAAUAUCGACAACAUCAACAGCAAUCAGCACUGCAUCUUCAUUUGAUGGUUCUACAAAUAAGAUACCGACGAUGUCAACAGAAAUCAGUAGCGUAUUUUCAUUCGAUGAUUCUACACACAAAAUAUCGACAACAUCAACAGUAAUCAACACCACAUCUUCAUUUGGUGAUUUCACAAAUGAAAUAUCGACAACGCGAACAGGAAUAACAAGCACAAGUUUAAAACCAUUGUCGUCAAAACCAAAUCUUAUUGGUUUAAUUGUUGGUAUUGUUAUGGCAGGAAUUAGUGUUCCAGUCCUUUUAGGUGUAACUGGUUAUUUAAUUGUACGAAGACACAAACAAAAAAGACGAGAUAAGGAGUUUCAAGGUGAUUUUGAUUUACCUAUUGAUCAAAAAUAUUUGAAAAAAAAUCAGCAUGAUAACGGUGCAAAAGUUUAUUCAUGUGAACUCUCUGAACAGAAUCCAUUACACUCAACUAUUUUUCAUUCAGUUAAAAAAUGGGUUGGUUCUCUGGAGAAUGGUUUCAAAAUAAAAAAGAUCGAAAUCAUACAAAAUCGUAAAAAAUUUAACCAUUUUCGUGAACAAAUUGAAAUUGUUGAAAGGCAUAUGAAGGAACAAAUAUUUCAACCGAAUUGGGAUUGUGAAAAAGACAUGGCAGAACGAAAAAUAGUACUAAAACGAUUAGAGCGUUUAUAUAAACAAGUAGAUCAUAAUAGAAUAGCAAAUAUUGUACGAGUAUGGCAUGGUUGUGAUAAAAAGGUCCUGCCAAAGUUGUUGGCUGACGGUUUUGCAUCGUUAGAAGUACUUGAUGAUGGAUGGUUUGGUAAGGGUAUGUAUUUUUCAUCAAGUGCCCAGUAUGCAUCACGUUACUGUCAAGGAGAAAAUCCAUGUCUAUUAAUGUGUUAUGUAUUAGUUUUAAAUCCAUUUCCUGUAAUUUCUUGUGAUGCACGGCACGAUAAGAAACCAGAAGACUUCAGGUUCUAUGGACGUGGUAAUCAUAAUAAUUACCAAUGUCAUUAUAUUCCAGUUUCUCCUGUUACUGAUAAAGAAUUUACAACGGAUUAUCGUCCACCGAAGCGUAUAGAUGAUGCACGCUAUGAUGAAUUAGUUGUUUUUGAAAGUGCCAAUAUUUUACCACAAAUCGUCGUCCAUUUAGAGCGAACAUUGUCGCCAUCACGAGAAACAAAAAAUGAACUGAAGCCAACUGCAAUACCUAGAACGAAUACUCGAACAAUAAGGGAAACAAAAAAUUGGGAUCAAAAUCAUCGUGCAGCAAAUAGACGUCGGUAUGAGGGAGUGCUAAUUACUCAAAAGAAAUAA